UUUGAGCGCAAGGUACCGAGAGUCAUGAUAUCUUUACAUCUUCUGAUCACUUAUAUCGUAUUCGUAGACACCUCCACAGUUGUGGAAGAUAGGGCUGGUACGGGAUGCCAAAGGUCGUGAACAACAUUCGUUUGCACAAGUCGCUAGGCUGCUUCUCCGUCAUACGUAUCUGCCCAAAGCCCAGGUGGACAUCGCGGGCUCUAGCUACUUUGGCGGCAAAGAGGACCACUCAUGAAUACUCGGACACAGCGGGCGAUAUCCACAUUUGGGAUCGCGAUAGUGCGGCUUUACUUCAUUACAUUAGACCCCAAACAUUCGGCGGGGACUUGACAUGUGUUGCGUGGAAUCAUUCCACCGACGAACCCUUUAUGUUCGCCACAGGCAGCCACGACGGUACGGUACGCGUAUGGACAACACCAGCGGGGGACCGCUCUUCUAAUGAUGCUUCCUAUCUCGAGCGGCGCACUGAUGCCGGUGCGACAAAUUCGGAUCAGUACGGGUCUUCCCCCAUCCUGAGCCCGCCACCUGCGCCUGGAUCCAGUCGUCGAGAAAGAGCGCCGACCAUACGGACCACAUUCUCGAUUGGGCCCCCUGGGUAGAACAUCGCUGAGAUUCCGCAUGAGCGCCUAAUAGAUGUGUGCGGGUCUGCAUGUUCGCGUGUUCACCCAGAUUUUAUAUAUAUUGUCCCUGUUAGUAACUUAUUUAGGACAGUAUAGUUUUAAUACAACACUGUAAUCACGCAAUCAUUCAUCCUUAGACCCUCUUGG